AUGGCAAGAGCGGGAUCGAUCGCCGUCUCUUCCGGCUCAGACAAUGGAGCACCUACGAGUGGUCGCAAGUCUGUAGGAGCAGGUAGCGCGAAUAAAAAGACUGCCUCUUUCGCUGCUCGCAAGUCCAACAGCUCCAGUACGAACAAAAAGUCCAAGAGAGGAGAAGAAGAUGAGGUGGAGGAUGCGAUCGAUGAGCCUCAUCAAGAUGGUGAUGAGGUCGCGGAAGUUCGAGGGGAGGAUGAGGAGGACGAGAAUGACGAGGAGGAGGAGGAGGACGACGACGACGACGAAGAAGAGGAAGAGGCGGAGUACGAAAUCGAAAAGAUUUUGAGACAUCGAUCUGCCAAGAAUACGGGCAAGAUUGAUUAUUACAUCAAGUGGAAAGGGUACAGUCUUGGUGAAAGUACCUGGGAGCCAGAGGUGAGUCUUGGUGGUGGUGGUGGUGGUGAUGGUAGGGCAGAGCGGAAAGGUAUGGGAGCUGAGGUGUGUGCUAAGCAUUGGUAAUCUCCACUGCCACGCGACGCAGGCCAACGUGAAGGCCACGGCUGGGGACAUGGUCAAGCAGUACUGGGAAGGCGCACCUGGCAACAAGGUGCAACCGCGCAAGUACCUCUCGCCCUCCAAAGCCGCCGCAGCCGCCGCUCUGGCCGGUGCCAAGCGAAAGCGAUCGGCCGGUCGAGCAUCCGCCGAUGCCGAUGCCGAUGCUGAUUCCAUCGAGCAAGUUGAGGAGGAGGAAGAAGAGGAGGAGGCAACGUCGGAGAAGAGCAAGAGCAGCAAAGCAGCGCCUAGCAAAGAAGAGAAUGAACAUGCGAAGUAUUUGCAAGAUGUUCAGAGGGAAAAGGAAAAGUACGAAGCGAUGGAUAGUUGGGAUGAUAUUUGCGUAUGCGAGACGAUGGAGAGGGGAGAGGAUGGCGUGCUAGUCGCUCUCAUGAAAUUGUGAGUGUGUGUGUGUGUGUGUGUAUGUGCGCGAGCGAGAGAGGCAGGGAGAGAUCGCGAAGGGAUGACGAUGAUGUUGAUGAUGAUGGGGCGAAGGGGCAUAUCGUAGAGCGCAUGCUUACCCACCUAUCUGUCUCACUCGACGCCUGUCUGGCUCGCUCUGCGCAGCAACAAGUGCAAGUACGAGCUGGAUUUCCCAGCCGAAAUCUGCUACAAGCGAGCUCCUCAAAAGGUGAGCCGGGAGAGAGGUGUGCGAGCAGAGUCGAACUGGGCCAUGCGCGCAAUGCAUCCAAUUACUCGUCCACUCAGCGCCGCGCUGAAGGAGGGGCACGAGCGAAUUGGCAAAUCGAAUUUGGAGCGCUGACCAUUUCGUAUCCCCCUGCCCGCUGUACCCAUCCACGAAUCGAUGCACCCACGCUGCCGCCGGCGCACAGAUGCUAGCAUUCUACGAAGCUCAUUUGCGCUUCAAGACGCCUACAGCCGGGGCGGGCAAAAAGUCGAGACAGUAA